GGUUAUGGCAAGUGUGAAGUAGGUCAGUGUCCAAAAUGGAUGAAAUCAUAAAGGUAUUGCAAAAUGGUUUUAAAGUCGUUCAAACGACGGUUAAAGAGUGGCAAGAAACACAGCAACGUUCAAAUGAAAUCGUCGAAUCAUUGUUGAAUCUCAGCGAGCAGUUACAGUGCUGUGAGCAGGGGGGUUACGAGCACGAAUUGAGAGAUGAAUUUCCUGACCUGAAGUCACGUGUUGUGUUUAAAAUUAUGAAAGCCAUGGAAGGAAAGAUGAAACGAUUACGUGAAUUACUAAGAUCGUUUGAAAGGUUGAAAGAUGACUUACAGAAAGUUCGAAAUUCAGCAGUUCAAGUUUAUUCAGAGUGUUCAGACAGAGUUGAUAUUGAAGAACUAGCAUCAGGCAGUCCAACAUGUCCUCCAUACACAUUGAUGUUGGAAUGGAUAAUAGACAUUUCCAGAUGGUACAACAAUCUAUAUGAACAGAAAAAAGAUUUGGUGAACAACAUCAGGUACAGGGAUGAAGAGUAUUUUAAGUCCUUGAUGAGAAAAUGGAAAGACAAUUCAUCACUGUACCAAGUUGAAGGCAUUCUGGAGCAGGUUUCGCUGUUCGUAACAACAUAAACACUCCACACGCUUUCAAUCAAGUGGAUGACGUAUUUAACACCAUGGACAAAGGUUUUAAUAAACAACUAAACACAAACAGUUUGGCAUCCAGGAAUGGAAACAACUUUACUCACAUUAUCAUGGAGACUGCGUUUUCAACUUCAUCCUGAAAGAGGGUCGGAAAAGACGCUGAAAUUCUGCUCGGAAUUGCAGCAAAACUCGCCACAAAUAAUCACAUGAAAUCUUACCUGUCC